AAGAGCUCUUCCUGUUUUUUUAGCUCACAGGCCAUAAAUGAGAAAUACUUUUGUUGGUUGGCAACUGACACACACCUGUCUGCUACAGCUCUCAACGCACUUGUCCCUGCUCUUCAGUUGUGAUUACACCAUAUAAAGAGGAGUGCUGCGGUGAGGUUACGGAACACUACACAGCGGAACUCAGGAUCGAUGUGCAGCAGUGACGCCAGCUUCUGGAAAAUGAUGAUGACUGUUUUGGGAAUGUGGGAAAAAGAGGGAGGACCAAUGCAAGACAACACACUGCAGUUUGUGUUCAUUCUGUUCCUAAAAGUUAUCCUAAAUGUACUUACUGUGGUGCUGUGCUCAAGGACCCUGAGGAAGUCCUUCAUGGGACUGACUGCCAUCUCUCUGUUCCUUGUUGACUGUCUACUUUUCUUAGGCAUGGUUAUUAUUUGGCUCCUCAGGCACCACAUAAAGACAACAGACUUCAGAUGUUUCAUCCUGGCACAUGCUUCAACUGUCUACGCUGUGCUGCCACUUCCCGUUCUUCUCCUUGGAAUUCUGGAUCCAUUUGGUACCAAUCCAACCUUUAAGACAUUCAUCCACAGCAUGGAGAUCCUGGUCACCUGGAGCAUGUCUUGUGUUUACUCCUACUUUAUUACAAACACUGCAGUCAUAGAAGUCCACUAUGACCACAUAUAUCAGCUGUGCACGAUGCAAGACUCUUCCUUAGUCAUGUCCUUUUGCAGCGGAGUGUCCUUGCUCAUAGUUUGCAUAGUACUUCUCUGCUGCCAGGAAGUCUCUUCAUUGCUCAAAGAAGUCUUUAAGGAUACAAACUCUUCCCCAGACCCCCUUCGGAGUGACCUGCCUUUUAUGUGUAUGAAGGUCCAAGACAAAACAGAGGAACGCCUAACUGUAGCUAAAUCAGUAGCCAGGCAGCCAACACUUCUCCUCGGUCUCAUAUUGGGCUUCUCUGCAAACUGGGCACCCUUUCUCUUCAUUAACACUGUCUGCUGGCUCCUGGACUUCAAUGUCCCCUCUUACGUGAGUGUUAACAUCCUUUGGCUGCUGUGUGUCAACAGCUUUAUUGUCAGGACGACUUUCUUCUUCAGAAGAGAGAAAUUGAGCCUCUGCUUCUUAGAUGCUGAUAUCAUCUGUGAUUGGAAGCCGUACUGGAAACUCAGCCACAACGAACCCUUUCCUCCUGACUUAUGCAGCUUCACCAAUGAGACAAAAACAAUAAUUCUGCAUGCCUAGCCACAGUGCAGAACCAUAGCUGUUACCUUCUGUAAUCACCUUCUUGAGAUGCUUUUUGUUUAUACCCUCUGAGUAACUCAUCUUUUCAGAACUCAGGACCCUUUAUUGCCAGCGUGUAGAACACUGAAACCGGUUGUGGUUCAGUGCAACAUGGAACAAGUCAAUAACAAUAUAGAAGAUAGUGAAGGACAUGGACAAUAAUAAAUAAACAACAACAGGAUUAGUGCAAAUAAUAUACAACAGUGGAAAUGACAGUGGUGUGGCGAUGACAACAGUGUGCAAACAAGAGUGUAAUUAACAGAUGUAGUGCAAAGAGAAACGAGACUUUGGACAUGACCAGAAGUGGUUUGGGGGGUGCACCGAGUUGAUUUUUUUGAGGAGCUGAAUGGCUUCAGGAAAGAAACUGCCAAGAUGUUGUGAAGUCUGAGCAGUGAUGGAACUGUACUGCCUCUGAGAUGACAGUUUGGUGAAGAGGUGAUUGCUGGGAUGGGAACGCAUAUUUAACGGCACAAUAUAUAUUAAGAAUGGGAGCACCGGAGAACCGUGGCAGCCUUUUUACACAAUGAUAAAAAUAUAGGCGAAACGCUCCAAAUAAUGUUCUAAUGAGACUGUCAAAGUGAACUGAGUAUGAUGCCAAAUGCUGCCAGUUUCACAAUAGGUCCAAGGCAGCAGUUCUUGUCAACUCCAAGUCUGUACACGGCAUUCUUGGACUGCAGGUCCUGAAUGGACUGAAAACUACAGCGAAGCUUCAUAGUCACAUGACCAUAUGAAACGUGCUUGUUAUUAAAAUAACUGUUACAAAUGCAACUGAGAUCCAUUACUGUGUGUGUAAACACUAAGAGGAAUAAAUGACAGCCUACUUCUAGAUGCAGAUUAAAAGGUGUAAGUUUAAACAAUGAAAAGGUAUAAAAUGUACUGAUUAUGUCAAUUUUUGGUAUCACAAGCAAAAAUGGUAUGUGCAGCAUGAUUUGAAAGUGACCUUCCACAAGUAAAUAUGAAUAAUCCUAUUAAAAAAAUACAAAAAUAUAGGCAAAAAUCAGGGGUGAUGAACUUACAUGAGGAGGUCAAAAUCAGGGAACAAGCAAGAAACACGACAUGGUAUUAAUUAAAGAACAUUACUCCAGAAAAACAUAAAGGAUAUAACUAUCACUGAGGUCACUCCCGCUUGCAUUCUCAUGCAAAAGUACUCCAGUAAAAGUAAACGUUAUUCUGAAAAGUACCCUUCCUCCAGAAAGUUACUUAAGUACAAGUAACGGAGAAAAUGCAAUGCGUUACUACCCACCUCUGCAAAACACACACUCUAAUAUGGAACUGUGAGAGCUCAGCCAGGGUGUGUGUGUGAGCGAGGCUGAAUUUUGAAGGUCACAUAACUUGUCAAUGUACUGUAACCCUAAACCUGAAGCUUUGCCUUACUUGUAAUGAACCAAUAUUGCAAAAACUAGGUAAACAAUAACUGUGGUUGUUUGAUGAUAACCAAAAUCACCAAGCGUGUGUAUCAUAGCAAAUUAAAGAAGGUAAACAACUCCAUCCCAGUUCUCUCAUCUGAUUUACAGAUUAUAGCUCUCAUUCACAGGGGUCCUCAAUGCAGAUACUGAUUAUUAUCCAUCCAUCCAU